AUGCCGCUGAAGGUGUGUGUCUCGCCCUCCGUCAUGCUGUCCGACGGACCAAUGAAAAUUGGCAGUGGUUACCUGAAUUAUAACGAUUCUGAAUUGGUCAGUGGGGACCAUUACCAUCCCAUCAUGUCAUCUAUUGACAGCUUUGAGAGAAACUCGCCUCUCAAGAGCUCUUCUAGUGAGCUUACGGAUCAUUCGCUUGUCUCUUUAUCUGAGGUGAAGAACUCACCAGGGGAUGAGAAAGGAAGCAAGCGGCCCACAGCGCAAGACGAGGUCCCUGAAGAUAGCCCUGUAGAUGGAUCGAAAGCCGAUAACUACCUCUCAUCUCUGCUUUGCCACGCGCAGUCCCUCUCAUCUUCUCCAGGUGUUAUGUUUCCAUACCCGGGCCAUCAUGGGCCAACUCACCCUGCGUUCUCAGCCCCCUACAUAUCACAUCACCCAGUCAUCACAAGUGGACCUUACGGACUUCUGAGUCCUCGACAAGGAUACCCAACCGCUGGUUACUCUUAUGCGCAACAGUACGGACAUGGUGACCAAGAUGGACAGUUAUACCAGUUUUCGGUGACCCCAGAUGGUCUGCUUUCAGGCAAGGCUCAGGUCUAUUUGUGUAACAGGGCGCUGUGGCUGAAAUUUCACAGACAUCAAACGGAGAUGAUCAUUACCAAACAAGGACGGCGGAUGUUCCCAUUUUUAAGCUUUAAUAUCACUGGCCUUGAUCCGACGGCGAAAUACAAUGUGUUCGUGGAUGUCAUCCUUGCGGAUCCAAAUCACUGGCGUUUUCAGGGAGGGAAAUGGGUUCCAUGUGGCAAAACGGACACAAACGUGACAGCAAAUAGGGUGCACAUGCACUCGGAUUCACCGAACACAGGUGCGCACUGGAUGCGUCAGGAGAUUUCUUUCGGGAAACUUAAGUUAACAAACAACAAAGGCAGCUCCAGCCCGGGACAGAUGGUGGUUGUACAGUCUUUACACAAGUACCAGCCCAGGCUACACGUCGUCGAGCUGAACGAGGAUGGCACGGAAGACACAAUCCAACAAGACAGAGCGCAAACAUUUACCUUUCCCGAAACACAGUUCACCGCGGUCACAGCAUACCAAAACACAGACAUCACUCAGCUGAAAAUUGACCACAAUCCAUUUGCAAAGGGAUUUCGUGACAACUACGAUACAAUAUACUCCGGCCUGGACAUUGAUCGGCUAACCCCGCCUCCAGGUGAUCCUUCGCGACCUCAGAUUAUACCCGGGACUCGGUAUGCCAUGGCCAGCCCUUUCCUCCCGGAUCAGUUCAGUCCCUACGCCAAGGCUUCCUUUAACACUAUGAAUGGAUCUGCCCAUGCUCUUGACAUUGACAGAACGUCUUCUCUAAGUAACUUGGUGCCGCAGCAACAGGUCGAUGAGAAUGGCACAACGUGUGCGCAGCGAUGGUUCGUUGGACCCUCGGGUAACCGACUUGACUUUCCCACAUCGGGAUACGACACAGCUGCACGAACAGACUUCGCAGGUGCGCCAUCAUUUUUGUCCUACACGGCGGGAGUGAAGGCAUUGUCACUGGCCAAUGCCAGUGGUUCAAGUCACGCAUUUGGCUAUUACACCGAUCCUAAUGGUUGGUCCUCGCGUAGUCCACCGCCCAACGCCGCGAAAUCUUCGUCUGCUCUAUCAUGCUGGACACAUACCUCCACCGAGAACCGAAUUGAAAAGUCAAGUUAUUUGGGCAAUAACGAGAUUGGCGACGUGGAGAAGUCGCCCAUGCAGGUGCGCGAGAAUUCCAAACCCAAGGACAGGACGGAAUCUAAUUGGAUAGAAACUUCAACCUCGGUUAAAUCGACCUCCGGUGACUCUAGUAUUUAUGACCACAGCAAACGGAGGAGAGUAUCUAUGCGGGAAUCUUUGGGGACUGAGGGGUUGUCCUCUUCAGAAACAGAUUCUACCGCCACCACCCAGGAAUGCAAAAAGGAUGUAAAUUACACAUGUUUUUAUCCACAGACUUAA